AUGGCCAGAUCCAGUUCCUUUAUCCACUUCAAAAUUCAGGCUGCUCUAGCAGAGGUUUACUUCGAUCUGGAUAGAAAGGCGCUGAAGGCUGGUGUUCGCUGCAUGGGGUUAGCGGAGGACGGCCGAGGGCCAUUCCAGUUCAUACGCUGCCGUGCGGUCUUGCACGACUACAGCGUCCGUCAGUUCGUCCUGGACUUGAUUCCCAAUGAGGGCCAGAAGGCCGCGCCCUUGACUUCAGUGAGGGAUUCGCGUUUGACUGGCCCGGUGCAGGCUUCCAUUGACAAAGCCAGACAAAUCCAAGAGGCGAUCGGCCGCUUCUCGAAGCACGAUGUGGAGCUACAAGAGAUCUUUCGGAAACAUGUCCAGGAACAAGACACCCUUGCUGGGCUUCGGGCAGUCAUCAGGUGCAAUGUUCACGCCUCGACGAAAGCUCUAGAAAAAGCACUACAAGCAGAUGAUGCUGCAAGCGAACUUAUCAAUGAAUGGGCCCUGAGAUUUUCCACGCAGGAAGAGACCGGGAGUUUUGCACGCGGCAUCAACAAUUCCCACAAGAUGAAAGAAACAUUUCAGAAGCUUGAAGGAGUUGUAGCGAAUUUCCACUUCGCUCCUCAGAGAUUUGGGAGCAUCGCAUCUGUCUGCGAGCUGGUGGUGUUGAAUAUCACUCCAAUUUUUCGCUUUCUGUGUGGUGAGGCUGAGUCAACAGACAGACGGAAUGCCAAAUGGGCCUGUCGCCUUUUGAAGUCAGUGUUCAAGCCUGAACGGCUUUUAUUGCUGGCUUUGCUUGGAGAGCUUUCUUCAGCUGCGAUAGAGUUUUCGCACCGGUUCGACAAUCUGAAAGACAAGCAAGGUUCGUCUUUGUCCCACUCUGCGCGCACGGCGUAUUUCAUCAACCAGUUGGAGCAGAAGAUCGAGCGCCUUUUCGGCUUUCGAUCCGCCGACAAUGAACUUCGCCGACCACUGGUAUUGCAUGAGUCUUACACCAGUGGUUAUGUCCAGACUUUGAGGACCAGCUGGAAUUUCCUGUCCGGACAGGUCAAGGCAGUGUCGGGUGAGAUGGUCUUUUAUGCUGCCGGUGCGGGCGGUGAAGAGCAAAUUACGCGUUGGGUCUCCACUCAACUAGGUGUCGUCCGAAACAUUGCCCGCAACUUCUUGCAAGGUAUCCGUGCGGAGUUCGACAACUUGAUAGCGAUGAGCCUUCAACCAUUCGACUUGGAGUGGUGGCAAACUAGGUCGGAUGACAGCCUGUCCGGGACCUAG